AUGAGUGGAAGAGGCAAAGGCGCGAAGACAAAGGCCAAGGCGAAGUCUCGUUCGUCUCGAGCUGGACUGCAGUUCCCAGUUGGUCGUGUUCAUAGGCUGCUCCGUAAAGGACACUACGCUCAGCGCGUAGGUGCUGGAGCGCCAGUGUACAUGGCCGCUGUGCUGGAGUAUCUGACAGCUGAAAUUCUGGAGCUGGCUGGGAACGCUGCCCGGGACAACAAGAAGACUCGCAUCAUCCCCCGUCACCUGCAGCUUGCUGUGCGCAACGACGAGGAGCUGAACAAGCUUCUGGGCGGUGUCACCAUCGCUCAGGGCGGUGUGUUGCCCAACAUUCAGGCUGUGCUUUUGCCCAAAAAGACUGAGAGGGCAGCCAAGACCAAGUAA